UAAUAUUUCUUUUACAAAUUGCUUUGGAAAUUUUAAGAUUUUUUUUUAAAAAGUAGUGAAAGCUUUGCUUUUCAUUGAAAAAGCCUAAUUGGCAUCACUGACAGUUUCUUUUGCUCAUAUUCGUUGACAAUUAAUUUCUUUUUUCAUGCGAAUCCUGAUCCUAAGUUUAUCUUCUAUUGCGGCUUCUGAGCGGUGCAAUCAUUCAUUUUCAUGCUUAUUAAGGUGCUCCCCAAUAUCUCAGCAAGAAUUUGCAAAUACAUACAGGUUUUGCUGCCUUUUCGCCUCUGCUCCGGCCACAUAUUUAUAUAUCCCGACGCUCUCUCGUGCAGGUUUAGCCUGUCUUUCGCCUCUCCGGCCACGUAUUUAUCUGUCCCGACGCUCUCUCGUGCAAGUUCGUACACAUGACUUCUAGGUGAAAGCCGAGUGGCUCCGUUUGGCUCACAUGUGCACCACUGACAUAUGUACAUAUGCAUCAGCAUCAGCAUAUAUAUUUACACACUUGGACUCAUACAAUUAAGUCAUCUCUAUGACUAAACACGGAAACUUUUGGUGCGGCAAUUCGAAGCUUGUGGGGUGGUAGGUGGGGGAAGGGGGGGUACACUGCAGAGCAUAAUUUUUGGCGCGUUUACUUUUGCCGUUAAGUCUCGAGUUUUAAACGUUUUAAGUAUCGCUGUUUGUUAAGCGUCAGUUUCCUCUAGUCCUUCAAAGUAUGAUAUUGCUCCGCAUUGUAGUAAAUACAUACGUGUAGUGUAGUAUACAAGUACAUAUUACAAAUAUUAUUUUAUUUAAACAACACAUAAAUAAAUAGAAAACAUAAUAUAUGUAUAUAAGAACAUGGUUUUUUCUUUGUAGUUUAAUACAUCUUUUUAACUAUUUACUAACAUGUAUAUAUGUACAUAUGUUU